CCCUGAGAAUCCCAAUAAAGACCCAGCGUUCGAAGCACGAUGGGUCGCUUCGUAACGCCUCAACAAAUCGACGCGCCCCGGACAGGUAAACGAAGCAGCAGCCUCACCUGCAAAACCACAGCAGAGGACAGCGGAGCUUCUCAGCGGACACUUUGCUGACUCCAAAGGACGAACACAGAUGAUACCUCAGUGUACUCACCCCAUCAACGGGAGCCGGGCAGAGUAACUCACCGCAGUCCACUGCUGCUAUCCACAACCAGACUGUCAGAGAAGACAGCAAUCUUCACGAUGAUCCGAUAAAUUCCUGUCACCGUUUCUUCCUUCAGAAAAAGGACCAUCUCCUGACAGCAAAGGAGUCGAACAUAAAGGCCUUUAUUUGUUUAUUGUAGUCUUCAGAUGGACCGAGUGUCCUCGGCACUGGCCGCUAAGAUGCGCUGGAUCACGCUGGUGCUUGCGGGCUUGACUUUUUGGAGCAAAGUUACUGUUUCCAACUGUUUCGACUACGAGGAGGCAGACUUUGAUUAUUAUGAAGAGGAGAAAGUAGAGAGCAUCGACUACAAAGACCCGUGCAAAGCUGCUGUAUUUUGGGGUGACAUUGCUUUAGAUGAAGAGGACCUGAACAUGUUCCAGAUUGAUAGAACAAUAGAUCUGAGACAACAUGCACUUAUGCAUGCACACUCUCGGCAGGGUCACACAUCAGGUGGUGUGGGGGAACAUGAAACUGUGAAGAGAGGAUCGUUAUACCUGCUGCUGGAAAGAAUACGCAGAUUUGGCUUUGACUAUAACCCAAAGAAUGACAGUAAGGGUGCAACCAGUCCAAAAAGCCCAACUAGGAGAGGUGGGAAUGCUGUUAAGACUGUAAAGAGUCGUAUUCCUCGAGCAGCCACAUCUCGAGCUGAGAGAAUAUGGCCUGGGGGAGUAAUUCCUUAUGUCAUCGGAGGAAACUUCACUGGUAGUCAGAGGGCCAUGUUCAAGCAGGCCAUGCGUCACUGGGAGAAACAAACAUGUGUGACUUUCAUUGAAAAGACAGAUGAAGAGAGCUACAUAGUCUUCACCUACAGACCCUGUGGGUGCUGUUCCUAUGUGGGUCGUCGUGGCAAUGGACCCCAGGCCAUCUCCAUAGGAAAGAACUGUGACAAGUUUGGCAUUGUGGUUCAUGAACUGGGCCACGUCAUAGGCUUCUGGCAUGAACACACGCGACCUGACCGUGAUGAUCAUGUGACCAUAAUCCGGGAUAACAUUCAGCCAGGCCAGGAGUACAACUUCCUCAAGAUGGAGCCAGGGGAGGUGAACUCACUUGGGGAGCCAUAUGAUUUUGACAGCAUCAUGCACUACGCCAGGAACACCUUCUCACGUGGGAUGUUCCUCGAUACCAUCCUUCCAUCCAGAGAUGAAAACGGGGUCCGGCCUGCUAUUGGCCAGCGCACUAGACUCAGCAAGGGAGACAUUGCACAGGCAAGGAAGCUGUAUAGAUGUCCAGCGUGUGGAGAGACACUGCAAGAGUCGAAUGGCAACUUUUCAUCUCCUGGUUAUCCCAAUGGGUACCCUUCAUAUACUCACUGUGUCUGGAGAAUAUCGGUUACACCUGGAGAAAAGAUUGUUCUCAACUUCACUACUAUGGACCUUUAUAAAAGCAGUCUGUGCUGGUAUGACUACAUUGAGGUCCGGGAUGGAUACUGGAGGAAAGCGCCACUGCUUGGCAGGUUUUGUGGAGACAAAAUUCCUGAUGUUUUGAUUUCAACCGAUAGCAGAAUGUGGAUCGAGUUCCGCAGCAGCAGCAACUGGGUGGGGAAAGGCUUCGCAGCUGUUUACGAAGCGAUCUGUGGAGGGGAAAUCACCAAGGACUCAGGCCAGAUUCAAUCUCCCAACUAUCCUGACGACUACAGACCCUCCAAAGAGUGUGUGUGGAGGAUCACUGUGUCUGAGGGUUACAACGUCGGACUCAGCUUCCAGGCCUUCGAGAUCGAGAGGCAUGACAGCUGUGCCUAUGACUACCUUGAAGUCCGGGAUGGACCACUUGAAACGAGCCCUCUCAUUGGUCGAUUCUGUGGCUAUGACAAACCUGAGGAUGUGCGCUCUACGUCACACACUCUUUGGAUGAAGUUUGUGUCAGACGGGACGGUGAACAAGGCCGGCUUUGCUGCUAACUUUUUCAAAGAGGAAGAUGAGUGCGCCAAGCCAGACAAUGGUGGAUGUGAGCAGAGGUGUGUAAACACUCUCGGCAGCUUCAAGUGUGCCUGUGACCCAGGUUAUGAACUGGCCCCUGACAAGAAAAGCUGUGAAGCGGCAUGUGGUGGACUCCUCUCAAAGUUAAAUGGGACAAUUAGUACUCCUGGCUGGCCAAAGGAAUAUCCACCCAACAAGAACUGCGUGUGGCAGGUGGUGGCUCCCAACCAGUACCGCAUCUCCAUGCAGUUUGAGGCCUUCGAGCUGGAGGGCAAUGAGGUUUGUAAAUACGAUUAUGUUGAGGUGCGGAGCGGCCUCUCAUCCGACUCAAAGCUGCAUGGUAAAUACUGCGGUACUGAAGUCCCUGAGGUCAUCACCUCUCAAUACAACAACAUGAGGAUCGAGUUCAAGUCAGACAACACUGUCUCCAAGAAAGGCUUCAAAGCUCACUUCUUCUCAGACAAAGAUGAGUGCAGCAAGGACAACGGUGGCUGCCAGCACGAGUGCAUCAACACAGUGGGCUCUUACGUUUGUCAGUGUCGCCAUGGCUUUGUCCUGCAUGAGAACAAACAUGACUGUAAGGAAGCUGAGUGUGAGCAUAAGAUCCACAGCCCUAGUGGAACCCUGAGCAGCCCUAACUGGCCGGACAAGUAUCCCAGCCGUAAGGAGUGCACCUGGGACAUCACUGCCACGCCGGGACACAGAGUCAAGAUUACUUUCAGUGAGUUUGAGAUAGAGCAGCAUCAGGAAUGUGCUUACGACCACCUAGAAGCUUUUGACGGGGACAGUGAUACAGCAGCCAUCUUAAGCCGACUGUGUGGCAGUAAGACACCGGAGCCGCUCGUCUCCACCAGUAACAAGAUGUAUCUCCGCUUCAUUUCUGAUGCCUCAGUACAAAGGAAGGGGUUUCAGGCCACACACUCGACAGAGUGUGGGGGUCGUCUGAAAGCUGAAGCACGUCAAAAGAACCUCUACUCCCAUGCCCAAUUUGGUGACAACAAUUACCCGGGCCACACCGACUGCGAGUGGCUGCUGACAGCUGAGCAGGGCUAUGGCAUAGAGCUCAGCUUCAUAACAUUUGAGGUGGAGGAGGAAGCUGACUGUGGUUAUGAUUACAUUGAGCUGUAUAAUGGAUAUGAUGCCAAUGCACAUCGGUUGGGUCGCUUCUGUGGUUCUGGGCCCAGAGAGGGGAUUUACUCGCCUGGAGACGCUAUGCUGAUCCGUUUCCAUAGUGAUGACACAAUCAGCAAGAAGGGCUUCCACAUCCGCUAUACAAGCACCAAGUUCCAGGAGAACCUUCAUGCCAGGAAGUGACUUUAGACCCAACCUGUGACCUUUGUCCUCUGUGCAGCCUCAACCAUUGUGCGUCACCAUGGUAAUAAGAAAAGUACAGACCGUCCCCUCAUCUUUGAUCCACAGAGAGAUGUGAACAUGAGCCAGGCAGCAGAGAAGGAAGAUUCUGACAUGAAUAUUUGUCUCCCUCUGUGGCUCCACAUGGGUCAUUGCACUCUGAGAUGAGACAGUUAAGACGAUGAGAAGUGUGGGGAAAUUUAACAGAACAAUGCAUGAGCCAUGUUCACACAGGAGACUGUUUUAUGACUGCAUAUCAAGUGUCAGUACGGCAAGAAGGUCGUGGAAGAUCCAAUUCAGUUUAUGGAGAUACUCAUGGUUGCACAAAUUCUUAAAAAGAUGACAAGCAUACACCUACACUAAAAUAAUAUUCAUACUUAUAAACUAUGGAUGCUAAAAAGAAAACAACUGAAAAACUAAAGAAUGCACCUAAAAAGGGAGUUCAGAGCCUUUUGUGACUCCUUGAUCCUUGAACUGUGCAACUUACUGUUAUCACAUGACUGCUUAAACCACAAUAACUCAAAAGAAACUGCUGACGGACGUUUUUAUUGCCUUUGAUGCCUGGGAACUGGCUUCUUCAGUCCAGCUCAGAAUGGCUGCAGAUUAUUUUAUUUGUUUGUAUUGUAAAAAAAAAAAAAAAAAAAAAAAAACCCGCUGUGUUUACUGUAUGUAUGUGUAUGCGUGUGUGCGUGCGCGCAGAGAAAAGAACAAACAAAAGGCUCAAGCCUGUCCUUUGCCCUUUUUUGCUUAAAGCUUAUGUGGAACAGAAAGAACAAAUGAAAAACUGAGAAUCUCUAAAUGAUCUGUGAUGUUGAUGUUAAGCCUUGCAUCAUGUUGUGUGUUUUAGUUUGCAUCGUCCUGUAACAAAAAUGUUUCUUUGAUGUUUCAAGUUCCCUCUCCUUCACAGUAUUUUUUUUUAAGUGGAUGUCAGAAGGGAAUAUUUUUCACAGCUGUUUCUUUGGAGGUAAGUGAUUGAAGGAGAGACUCUCAUGGUGCUAAAAUAAAACUCAAUGAAGGUUUUCAAAUGGAGAGAAAACCAGUGUGCAAACAGUACAUUCUGGUAAACAGUUCUAGUCCUGUGGAACUACAAUAUUGCCUUAGAACCAAAUGGAUGCUAUCACAAGUUGCUCCUUUGCUUUUGCACAGGUGACUUCUUGUAUCAGUGGGUGUUUUCAAGGUUUUCUGGCUGCAUAUGUCCUUUGUUUUUUUUUUUUGUUUGUUUUUUUUUUGAAGAUACAGAAUGGUUUUAUUGUAAAAAAUACUUGGGAAUUGUAGUCUGUGUGUGAGAUAGUGUCUACAGUGCAUGAGUGUUUGUCUCAAUUUUUGUAGCUGCUUCCAGAGAUAAAUGCACACACACCUACACAGCCUCUUAGUGUUUUUGUGUAUUUACCAAACCACAUCUGAACGUUUCCUCUCUGUAUAUUUGGAGCAUGAAGAGGAAGAAAUGGAGAAAUUUAAGGACUAUCAGCUGCAUUUUUUUUAGCUAAAUAUAGAGAAUAAUGUGUGUAUGUCUGUAAGUUGUGUUUAAGUUGAAUCUUUUAUUCCUGUAUGUGCCAAGCUCCAGCUGACUCUGAUCCACUCUAGUUUUUUGUUUUAUCGCUCCACCUCUGUGUCUGUAGUUCAGAAACAGACAAUACGUCCUCUGCAUCACUUAUUAAAAUACACACAGGUUCAAA